UACAGCAGCACCGCAGUCUCAGCAGCAGCUCUGGGUUAAACAUCCAUUCAUUCAUCCAUUCAUCCAUUUAUCCUCUAACCGGGAGGAGGGAGCCUUCAGUUUUCCGGGAGAAAGAUGCUGGAAAACGGCAUGAAGGUGGUGUUGAAGGCGGGUCUGCUGGAGAAGAGGAGCGACGGCUUGCUGCAGCUCUGGAAGAAAAAGCGGUGCGUCCUGACCGAGGAGGGGGUGCUGCUGCUGCCACCCAAACAGCACGAGCCCAAACAGCACGAGCAUGGAGGUCCAGGUGGAGGUGGAGGAGACACGGGGAAAGUGAAAGAGCUGCACUUUGCCAACAUGAAAACCGUGGAUUGCGUGGAGCGUAAAGGCAAGUACGUUUACUUCACCGUGGUCAUGAUGGAGGGGAAGGAGAUCGACUUCAGGUGCCCGCAGGACGAGGGCUGGAUGCCGCAGAUCACCCUUCAGAUGGUGCAGUAUAAGAACCGGCAGGCGAUCCUUGCCGUGAAGUCAACCCGGCAGAAGCAGCAGCUCCUGGUGGUGCAAAUGCCCGGUCAGAUUCACGGUCAGAAGACGGUGCGCAGCUCUCCAAACGUCGCGUGACUUGUGGAGGAUAUUGGUGCACCAUCACGGGUGCAGAGGAAGCGAAAUGCACGCGGGGUUCCUGGCUCUGGGGCCACCUGGGGACCCCCUUGCAAAAAAGGACCAAUGUUACAGUUUCCUUUUAGUCCUCCUUGGAUAUUUAUGCAAUGACCGAGGACGCCUGUUGGCAUCAUAGGAGACGAAACAAUGCACAAUGUGGAUUUACUUUGAAAAGUUUAACAGACUCCUGGAGGUAAAAUCCUCCACAUGAAGAAUGUUCUGGAUAUCCAUUCCAUCUAAGGCAGGUUUGAUAUUUCAUACAUGGAGGGUCUUCAUGUCUUUAAGCAGUGAGAAACAGAACUAAACCCCCAUGUAGUGUAAUUAUAUUCAUUAUGUGUGCAAUGAAAGGACAUCUGUGUGCAUCAAAGGUUACACACUACUCACCAUAAAGGGAUGAAAGAAAAGAAAGAAAUGUUGACGGACUACUGGAGGUAAAAUCCUCUACAUGAAGAAUGAUCAGGAUAUCCAAUCCCAGGCAGAUUUGAUGUUUCAUACAUGGAGGGUCUUUGUGUCUUUGAUCAGAGGGAAAUAGAUUUGAACUGUAGUGUAAUUACAACAGGAAACAUGAACAUAUCUCCACAGUGUUAAAGCUAUAUAUUUAGCAUUUGACACUCAAUGAAUUGUUCAGGCUCGGCAGUUCAAAGCCAGGUUUUGAUUUUCAGUAAAUGCACAUACAAUGACUUCCAAAUUUGCUCUGACAGUCUGACCUAAAGCAUACAGUGACUCAGUAAUAUGUGCCAUAUGCCCAGAAUAUGCAGCUGUACAGGCCAACUGCACAUCUGCUCAUCAGAGAGAUAAGCCGCUCUGUUUGGACAACAGAUUUCCAUGCUAGUUGCUCUCUAUGGCACAUGGUGAGCUGUUGUAUUACUGAGGGUUCAACCUGAGAAAACAAUUCUGCUUUUUCGACAUGCUCAUAUUCCCAAUAUGAUUCUCUUUCAAAGGACUCUACUCAAAAAGCCUUUCCAUGAUUGAGUAAUACUUGUCUUUACUUCGUUUUUUCUUUAAAUCCUGGCUAUACGACCCUGCUGAGCAAGAAAUACAUGUAUCCUCAGUUGAACUUUCACAUACAUUGAGGGGAAAACAGUUGUUCUACUCUGUCAGUGUGUCUGGUUUGAUCAAGACUGUAGGAAUGAAAUGACUUCAGAAUUGCCUCCUGUGUCACCGUCACUCUGCGGCAGUCCGUCUAAUUGAUUGCAUCCGCAGGUUAAUUGGACGCUCAGCUGGAGGAUGAAUAUUGAUCAUCGCAGAAAUCCAUUCUCCUCCACAUUAAACCAGCGUCUCCUUUUCCAACACACGGACGUAUUUCACUAAGGACUGAUGGACAAAAAGCAUGUGAAGAAACAACCGUUCGCUACCGUUCAAUGGGUUUAUCCCUUAUUUAUUAGAUGUAUAUAUAUUUUCUAUAAAAAAGUGUUAUGUUGUUGAUUGUUCAGUGUGUUUGUUGCUAGAGUGGAACAAGAGCUUCCUGUUACACACAAAGCCUGUUGGGAAUAAUCUUACAUAAAGUUGUGUUUGGAUGGUU